ACUUAAAUUUAAAUUUAAAUAUCUAUAAGGAUCCAGCUAUACCAUUACACAUAUGGAAAUAAGUUAUUAGGGUCCAUCUAAUAAUACUUAUCUACAUGCACGCAAUUCGUUUCUCCGACUCUGUAUCUCUCUGUCUCUUCUCUUACGUCUUUAAUACUUUAUCAACGUAUCACCUCCCUCUAUAUAUAAGCACCCAUGCUCGUAUCAUUUCCCCACUCAUUAAUCCGCAGUAUUAAUUAAUUUGUAAGAUAAGAUAUAUAAGAUGAGGGCUCUACGCGUCUCUUUGCUGCUCAUCACCGUCUUCGUCGCGGCCACCGUCGAAGCCCGACAGAAGGACCAGCUGCGGAGGCUGAUCGACGCGAAGAAGGCGUCGUGGGCGCUCGAGAGGCGUGACUCGGCGGCGGCGGCGUUUGAUGCCUCGGAGAUCAUGAAGCGCGACGUCGUCGUCCCGCAGGACGGGUCGGCCGAGGGCGACAAGAUCGAGGCGCUGCCCGGCCAGCCGAAGCACGGGUAUCUGCCGUUCGGUCAGUACGGCGGCUACGUGACCGUCGAUGCGACGAACGGGAGGGCACUGUUCUACUACUUCACGGAGGCGCCUGUCGGCGCCGCCGCGAAGCCUCUUGUUCUCUGGCUCAAUGGAGGACCAGGAUGCUCGUCAUUAGGAUAUGGAGCCAUGGAGGAACUCGGCCCCUUCCGAGUGAACAGCGACGGGAAAACUCUUUACAAAAAUAGACAUGCUUGGAAUAACGUGGCCAAUGUAAUCUUCCUCGAAUCGCCGGUCGGCGUCGGAUUCGCGUACUCGAACACUUCCUCUGAUUACGAUACCAACGGAGACAAGCGCACCGCCACGGACUCCCUGACGUUCCUCGUCAACUGGCUUGAGCGGUUCCCACAGUACAAGAACCGCGACUUCUACAUCACCGGCGAGAGCUACGCCGGCCACUACAUUCCUCAGCUCGCUGCCGCCAUCCUCCACUACAACAAAAUCAACAACGCAAGUGCCAUCAAUCUUAAAGGAAUCUUCGUGGGCAACGCUUACGUGGACAAUGCGAUGAACGACAAGGGGGCGAUAGAGUUUUUAUGGAAUCACGCGAUCAUCUCCGACGAGGCUUAUGCGAAGGUAGUGAAGGAAUGCAUCUUCAACGACAAUUCGAGUUACACAGACGCAUGCAAUGAAGCUCAGAACGAGACCUACAACAUGGCUGGGAAUAUUGAUCUGUACAAUGUCUAUGCGCCGAUUUGCAUUAAUGAUAGCAAUGGUACAUCUUACUCAUACAAGGAGAUACCAGGUUAUGAUGCAUGCAUUGAUAACUACGUUAGUGCUUAUCUAAAUGCGCCUGCGGUGCAAAAGGCCCUUCAUGCAGUUCCUACAGAUUGGGGCGAAUGCGUUGACUUUCCUUGGGUGGAUGCGCCCUAUUCCACUGUGCCCACCAUUAAGCAACUAACACAAAGCGGAUUAAGGGUGUGGCUUUACAGUGGAGAUGUAGAUGAUGUGGUACCUAUUACUGCGACUAGGUAUUCGGUUAAAGAUCUUAACCUGCCCAUUAAGACUCCGUGGCGCGCAUGGUACACCAAAUAUGAGGUUGGAGGCUAUGUUGAGGAAUAUGAAGGAUUAACUUUGGCUACAGUUAGGGGAGCAGGACACAUGGUUCCAACUUACCAACCUGAGAGAGCCGUAGUUUUGUUUCAUUCCUUCCUAAAAGGAAUACUUCCACCUGAUUGGAAAACUAAUGAAGGCAUGCCGAAUUGCAUUCGUUGGUCGAUGGUGCACUUUCUCCGGUUUUUGUGGGCCAACAAAAAGGGGCUAAUGGCGGCGGACAAGAUCGAUGCUUUGCCCGGCCAGCCCGAGGGUGUCGAUUUCGUGCAGUACAGCGGAUACGUGACGGUGGAGCCGAAGAAGGGAAGAGCUCUCUUCUACUACUUUGCUGAGUCUCCGCAAAAUUCAUCGACGAAGCCUCUCGUUUUGUGGCUUAAUGGAGAUUCCACCUACCACCACCUUUCACUAUCUACCACCAUCAUCUCAAUCCUAUAUCUCUCCAUCCAAGGUAAAAUCCCGCAGGAUGGGUCGGCCGAGGGCGACAAGAUCGAGGCACUGCCCGGCCAGCCAAAGCACGGGUAUCUGCCGUUCGGUCAGUACGGCGGUUACGUGACCGUCAAUGCGAAGAACGGGAGGGCGCUGUUCUACUAUUUCACAGAGGCGCCUGUCGGCGCUGCCGUGAAGCCUCUUGUUCUCUGGCUCAAUGGAGGACCAGGAUGCUCAUCAUUAGGAAAUGGAGCCAUGGAGGAACUCGGCCCCUUCCGAGUGAACAGCGACGGGAAAACUCUUUACAAAAAUAGACAUGCUUGGAAUAACGUGGCCAAUGUAAUCUUCCUCGAAUCGCCGGUCGGCGUCGGAUUCGCGUACUCGAACACUUCCUCUGAUUACGAUACCAACGGAGACAAGCGCACCGCCGCGGACUCCCUGACGUUCCUCGUCAACUGGCUUGAGCGGUUCCCGCAGUACAAGAACCGCGACUUCUACAUCACCGGCGAGAGCUACGCCGGCCACUACAUUCCUCAGCUCGCUGCCGCCAUCCUCCACUACAACAAAAUCAACAACGCAAGCGCCAUCAAUCUUAAAGGAAUCUUCGUGGGCAACGCUUACGUGGACAAUGCGAUGAACGACAAGGGGGCGAUAGAGUUUUUAUGGAAUCACGCGAUCAUCUCCGACGAGGCUUAUGCGAAGGUAGUGAAGGAAUGCAUCUUCAACGACAAUUCGAGUUACACAGACGCAUGCAAUGAAGCUCAGAACGAGACCUACAACAUGGCUGGGAAUAUUGAUCAGUACAAUGUCUAUGCGCCUAUUUGCAUUAGUUAUAGCAAUGGUACAUCUUACUCAUACAAUGAGAUACCAGGUUAUGAUGCAUGCAUUGAUAACUACGUUACUGCUUAUCUAAAUGCGCCUGCGGUGCAAAAGGCCCUUCAUGCAGUUCCUACAGAUUGGGGCGAAUGCGUUGACUUUCCUUGGGUAGAUGCGCCCUAUUCCACUGUGCCCACCAUUAAGCAACUAACACAAAGCGGAUUAAGGGUGUGGCUUUACAGUGGAGAUGUAGAUGAUGUGGUACCUAUUACUGCGACUAGGUAUUCGGUUAAAGAUCUUAACCUGCCCAUUAAGACUCCAUGGCGCGCAUGGUACACCAAAUAUGAGGUUGGAGGCUAUGUUGAGGAAUAUGAAGGAUUAACUUUGGCUACAGUUAGGGGAGCAGGACACAUGGUUCCAAGUUACCAACCUGAGAGAGCCCUAGUUUUGUUUCAUUCCUUCCUAAAAGGAAUACUUCCACCUGAUUUGAGUUAAUAAGUUUGGUCGAUUAAUUAGUUUAGGAUAUCGAUUUUAGUUUUAGUUUCUGUCUAUUUCUUUUUGCUUUUAUUAGUGAUUGUUUCUGUUUUCUUUAAUUAGUUUUAUUGCUUUUAGUGAACAA